AAAACUGGAAGAACUGUAGUCUGACGCGCCAUUCAGCAUAGUAUUUUGACAGAAAGUCCAUCAGAAUGCCUCGUCCGGGGAGAAACACGUAUAGCGACCAGAAACCUCCCUAUUCCUACAUCUCCCUGACCGCCAUGGCUAUCCAGUCCUGCCCGGAGAAGAUGCUCCCGCUCAGCGAGAUCUACAAGUUCAUCAUGGACAGGUUCCCUUACUACAGAGAGAACACCCAGCGGUGGCAGAACUCCUUACGACACAACCUCUCUUUCAACGACUGUUUUAUUAAAAUCCCCAGGCGGCCGGACCAGCCGGGUAAAGGGAGUUUCUGGGCUCUCCAUCCCAGCUGCGGGGACAUGUUCGAGAACGGAAGUUUCUUGCGGCGUCGUAAACGCUUCAAGUUGAUGAUGAUGGCGUCCGAGCAUCUGGCGCAAAGCAAACCGUCGGACACUGCCCACUAUCUCCAACAUCAAGCCAAACUCCGACUGAGCGCUCUGGCUGCUUCCGGCACACAUCUCCCGCAAAUGUCCGGUUACAACAUAGGAGUCUCUCACCAACCGUCCACUUUCAAACACCCGUUCGCAAUCGAGAACAUAAUCGCCAGAGAGUAUAAAAUGCCAGGCGGACUGGCCUUCUCCACCAUGCAGUCUAUGUCUGCUGGCUACCCGCUGCACAACCAGCUCACCACGGCCUGGCCUCAUAUGUACAGCUCCAGCGUCAUGGACACGGUAGCUCCCAUCUCCAUGGCCAGUGAUUAUUCGGCCUACGGAAUGCCCCUCAAGUCUAUUUGCUAUGGCGCGCAGAGUCUACCUGCCAUCCCCGUGCCAAUCAAGCCCACCCCUACUUCGAUGCCAGGGCUCUCGGCUCUGCCAACACAUAUUCCAGCUUUCUUAGCGAACUCUCCCCAGUCUCUCAGCCCCACGUCUCCUCAGACAGCUACCAGCCAAAGCAGCCCUGCCACGCCGAGCGAAACGCUCAUAAACCCGGCCUCUUCGGCCAUGCAGUCUGUGGUGUCGGUGCACUGACAUGACGUUUGCGGAUGGGACUUAUUAAACACUUCUGAAAAAGAAAAGAGAUGCUUAUCAACUUUUCCAAAGCGGUAUUUUAUUGUUUGAUCAAUUCAUGACCAACCAACUAAAAUAUGCUCUACAAUCAUGAGGCAAGAUAUUUGCGUUUUGUGGUUUAUCGAUGUACUUAGAUGUUUUACUUGAGACUUGUUGUGGCAGUGACCCUUGUCUUUCUAUGACGCGCAUAUAGGCUACAUCGUUUUGUUACCUGUUUAGGGUCAUUUAAGAAUAAUCCAAUUCUGAGAUUAUUUUCAAAAAGCACUGUCGUUAUCCGUAUCUAUAUUCUUGCUUACAUUUUAUUGCCAAGUUUCCAAUAAAUAUUCAAUUUCAAUUAAUCUAAAACUGGUAAAACAAUUCGUUAUUACAUUAGAGAAUGUUGUCAGAAUAUUCUUUUUUUUUUUUGCAUUUUCGUCAAGAUAAAAAGGCCAAGAAAAAUAAAUAAAUUAAAUCAACUUUUUGUAAAUUAAAUUUAACGUGACAUUUUAGUUACAGCUCCCUUAAAUGCGCAUUGCAUUUGCUAUACCAAACAGCCAAAUCUAGUUUUUAGGAGAAUAAAAAAAAGAAGAAAGAGAACAAUCACAGGGGUGACAUUUUCAAAUAACAAAACUUGAAAACAGAUAUUUAUGGUUUACUUUGGUGUCUGGUUGUCUGCAUUCAAAACAUUCAAAUAUAUUUGAAUUGAUGGAAGAAUAAGUUGAAAUGUGUAAA